UGUUGUAUUAUAAAACAAAAAUGAAUUAAAGUUUUAAUUAAAAUGAAUAACAUAAAAAAUCCCUUAAAUCGAAUGAUAUGUGUAUGCUGUUUAAGUACAAAACGAUCUUUAAUGAAACUAGACAAAUGUAAACAUGUUUUAUUCUUCGCGAAAAUAUUAGAAAAUAAGGUGAAUUAUGCAGAAAUGUAUAUAUGUACCUUUUGUCAUAAUUUUAUAAUAAAGGUUGAGAACUUUACACGACAAGUUGAAAAAUCUAUUGAUAUGUUAAAUAAGUAUAAAGAACUACAAAGUGAACAUAUACAUAAGUUGGAUAUGUCAGCGGUAGAAAUUAAUUAUGCAAUCAACAAUGAAGUAUUACGACACGAGUAUGUAAAUAAUACAUUAAAUAAUGACAUAAAAAGUGAAAUAAAAUGUGAAAAGAUGACAUCGCAAUCUGAAGAUGAUAGUUUUUCUGAUACAACUAUGGCCUGGAUUGAGAUAUCAAAAAUUGAAGCUAAAGAUAUGAAUACAUUGGAUACAGAAGUUAAAAAAACAAUUACAAAUGACAAAAAUGACGGUAAUAUGUCAACAUUUAAAAAUGAUCAAAGCCAUAAUGAGGUUAAAUUAUUACCGCAAAAGAUAAAAAAAAUAAAACAAACAAAACAAACUUCGAAUAUUUCUCAAAAGAUAUUUGACUCUAGUGGAAUUAAAUUCGAAGAUAAAAUAAGAAUUGUAACUCUAAGCCAAGAAGAAAUUACCGGAGAAAGAAAGAGAGAUGUUUUGUAUGAAUAUUAUUUGAAAAAACCUUACAAAUGUAAAGAUUGUAUCAUUGGAUUUGCUCAUGAACAUAUAUAUGAGCUACAUUUGAAACAAAAACAUGAAUUGAGGGAAGGGGCUCUUUUAUGUGACAUUUGUAAAUCAUAUUUAAACAAUGACAAGGCAUUGAGGAAUCAUAUGAGACAGCAUGUUGUACGUUACGAAUGCAAGGAAUGUGGGAUUCGUAAACGCGAUCGUAAUACAGCUUUAAAUCAUUAUCAAAAACAUCACGAAGAAAUACUAAUGACUUUUAUAUGUGAAGUUUGCGGUUUCACUACUGAUUCGUACAAGAACUAUCGAUCUCACACCUACAGCCACAAAGAUAGAGUACCGUGUAAAAUUUGUGGAGGAACAUUCGCAAAUCAAAAUGUACUUACUAAACAUAUCUUAAAAAUGCAUGGUACACCCGAACCUGUGUCGUGUAAGACAUGUGACAAGAAAUUCAAGACCGACAUACAAUUGAAGAGACAUGAAUAUAUACAUGAGACGUCGGAACCUUCUGCCGACAAGUUUUGUGACACAUGUAAGACAUAUUUUCGUUCACGAAGAUUGUUGAAAUUACAUUUAAAGAAUCAUUCCAAACAUCUCAAGGAUGCUGAUAAAAGGUUCACGUGUUUUGAAUGUGGUGUCAAAUAUUCUGAAAAAGCACGUCUUAAAGAUCACGUUGAUUGGGAACAUCUUAAAUUGAGAAACUACGUUUGUAAAUUGUGUUCUAAGGAGUUUGAAACAAAGCGUUGUAUGACGCGACACAUUAUGUACGUUCAUGAUAAAAUAAAACGGCCGAAGAACAAAAUCUGCGAUCUUUGCGGCACAGGAUUCUCGAAUUUGAGGUUAUUAGAAUCUCAUAUCCGAACACAUACAGGCGAGAGACCCUUCAAAUGUGAAAUCUGCGACAAGACGUUCGGAUUCAAAGCGUCUUUGUAUACACAUAAUAGACUAAUACAUAAGAAGAUUAAAAGAAAACCAUACCCGAAGAAAAAUAAUUAAAUUGCAACUUUGACAUCUGUCGAUUAUCGAUCGAUUAAAGUGAAUUAAUCGAUUCAAACAAAUCGAUUUCUGUUAUGAAAUUAAGUUUUUAUUACUUGCAACACUGUGGACCAUAGUGUUUGAUUACUGCAUGACAUUGACAGAUGUCAACCUAACUUGACAGUUUGUCAAGUACAAACACGAUA